UCUAUAUCACCCUUGUGAAAAUGCAUUCUUCUUAAUAGACAUACAAAGAAUCAUAUUUUAUUUCCAAUUUCCCAAAGAAUAUCCUUAGCAGUUCAUCCGAUGUUCACCAAAAUCCGAUAGAACAUUGUUCACCGCAUCCCGAAAAGGGCCGAUUGCAGUUCAAGGAUUCACGCUCGUACCGACUGAUUUUAUGAAUGAAAACGCUUCCUUACUAUCCGUAGUAAAACCCUUCGUCCCUUCACAGCAGAAACCGCGACCGUGUGGGAGUAGAACAGUAAGGACAACAACAAAAAAACAUCCACUCAUACAACACUCUAUCGAUAGUGAUGAUAUCCAGGACAGGAACUUGCACACCGAGCAACCAGUUCGGGUUUUACCGUACUGUAGCACUUCGGGAAAAACGAUAUUCAUCCGAAAUGUAUCCGAACAGUUGUACUGGAAAAUGAAUUUUCCUCCAGCGAUGCAUAUGCUGAAGAAUGGGCGCACGAAACAUGGAGUGAGGAAAAGCUACGGAAAGCGAAAUCAUUUUGUGCCGGCAAAAAUAUAAAAGCCAGUGACGGUGGCGAAACUUCCGUCAAACGCACUUUCAACAAGUGGUCGUCGGUUGGACGUUUGGUAGGGUUUGUGCUCGUGUUCGUUGGCAGUGAGUUGCGACAUAUAAAAGGCAACGAGGAGCGUGAACAAAACGAACCGUAGCUCUUUUAGCUCUUCCACGUUUGCCCGAAGCGUAAUGCAGACGGUACAGCAAACCAGUGCUGUCAGCUUUUUCCGAACGGAGUGAUUUCAGUGAAUCUUAGUGCCAGUGUCGUCAGGAAAGUGUACGAAAAACAGCGACAACAACAAAACCUUCUCGUCAAACGUCAACCCGCCAGUUGGGUUCACCCUGUCGAAAGGGAAUCAAUCUUUGGCCGGGCAAAAUGUCACGGCUACUAACGAGUACAGGCGUUUGUCUGCUUUUACUCAGCAGCUACAGUUCCGUCGUUUGGUGCUACGAGGACACUGCACCGUACACGGUCCGCCGUCCAUUGGAUACACUGUUCCGGGCCGGUUCGUCUCCGCAGAAACAUGUCGGACCCGUACCGGCACUCGGGCUCAAUGGUAGUGGUUCACACGCUCCCCACGAUUCUCACGGUUCAUUAGCGAACGAUCAACAGCACCAGCCACAACGGCUACCAGCCAUGUCUGGACCAUACCAACCGUUGGGCCCGUUGGAGCAACAUCGGGCCGUACUGCAUCGGCGUGUGGAACCGGGAGGAUCGACCGGGAACCAUCAUCGUUGGCAUGCAGAUCAAAGACCGGAUGUGUUCGGUGUCGGUACAGUGCCAGCAUUCCAGCGUGCCCUUCCGGCAAUCGAUAUCGGUAGUCCGGGCAGCGACGAUGAUUUCAUUGACCACGGGGGACAACCACCGCUGGACAUGUUCGAGCCGCCCGUACUGGACCCAGCUGUCGACCCCACGGACAACGAGAUCGGUGAUAAUCCGCUGCUGGCCGCACUGGGUGCCAUUAGUGGACCGCGGGUGGUUGACCACGAAGAGAUGGUACCACCGAACCAACCGACCGGCCGCAUGAUGGAAAGCAUCGAUCUGAUCCGGGAGCAGCUGGAGCGUAUCAAGCAGGAGGAGGACAUCGAAAUCAAAUCGAAUCUGCUGAUGAAGCUGUUGACGGAAUUGCCCGAGGGACCGUUGCCGAUUGUCUACAUUGAGGAUGCGACCGGGAAGGCGGGCCCAGCACGACGUGUGACAGAAGAUGGUGACGAUGACACGAUGGAUGGCGGUGCUUCGGAGGCAGACGAUGAGGACGGUGAGGACGAGCCGGUCGGUGGCAGGAUCCGAACGGAACCGUUCACACCGAACGGUGGCAAACGGUCCGGGCGCUACUAUCGGCGUUAUCCCUGGAAGCGUCAGAACGCACGGAGCCGAACCUAUGAUGCCGAAGCACGUUACCUGUGCGUACCGAGCCGUGAGGACGUUUUCAAGCUGCUCGUCGGACUGCACGAAAACCGAAUCGGCAAUCACCAGAAGACGGUCAAUUUCUGCAACCGAAAGCGUCCGGCAAAGGCCAUCUUCACAAACAUCCGCUUCCUGGGCUAAGUUUCAACAAAAAAAAAGAAGGGUAUGCACAGGGGAAACGCAGACGGAGAUGACAUCGAACUGCACCAGCAGCAGGGAAAUUCGAUCAACUCUUUCAGCACCCUUCCCUGUCCCUUGUUUUACUGGUUUGUUCCGGUUUUAUCAUACGCAACGAUCCGACAAACACUUCGACAGAUGCAACAAAACAAAUGAAGUAAAAAGUUUUCCAUUGUCCGCUCGUGUCCAUACAACAUUUAACCUUUCCUUGUGCUGGGACUGGUUCCUGUUUGAUUAGAAUUUUUCCCGUACGGUCGAACCGUUGGGUGGAGAUUUAGUGUUUAGUGAGUGUCUGUUGACUAAAGGCAGGAAGCAAAAAGAAAAACGAACGUAAUGAAAAAUACACACACACGCACACCAACACACCAACACACAUUUACCCAUAUAAUUGUAUACAUUUAUACCCCCUGAAACAAGAAGGAGAAGAAAAUUAAAAGAAAAAACACAACCAAAAAAAAAAAAUCGCAAACAUCCUCCGCACAUGGCGCCUAUCUUAUCGUAUUAAUAUCCAUUUCCUCCCUCAUGUUGUCAUUAGAUAAGGUUUACCAGUACAUACACGUACACAUUUUUCCUCGUCCUGGUCCGGUGGGCUGUUCCCGUGCUGUAAAGCCGCAAAAGGGUUUGCACGCACCGGACCGGAAGAGGACUUGGGAGAAAUAGACUUUAGAGCGGCUGGCGGGAAGGGCGAAACAAAAGCGGUGAGAAACUUAGAAAAAAAAAGGGCUCAACACACAUAUAUUAGGCACACUAAACCUGGUUCAACCUGUACGAUAUAGCUCUGUAUGUAGGUGUAUUUGUGUUACCGAUCAAGCUCCAAUGUCCUUCCAUUUGGCAGCAUAACUCCUUUCCCCGGGACACUUGAAGAAAGGAAGGGAAAGGGAGGAGAGUAAAACAAAAUAGGGUUCGUGUCGUUAACAGGACGAGGUGAGAGACGUAACACUUCCGGUGGCUGCUGUGUGGGAGAAUUUGUAAUAUUGUAAAAAAAAUCAAAUUGACAACCAAUUAAAACGUCCUAACAUGGCAAAGGUUUAAAAUGACAAAGCACAGAAAAAAGUAACAAAAAAAAAAGAAGAAAAAAACAUAAAACACACCCAUAAGUAACUAAGUCAAUGCCCCAACCCCAUCCUAACGUUGUAGUUGCGUACUUGUGAAUAAAAAUAUGAAUAAACAAAAAAGGAAAAGUGAAGUAAAGAGAGAUGAAAAAACAUUUAAAAACACUACAAAUAUAAUAACACACGCGCAUAGAUGGUGCAGCUAGAAAGCAAAGCAAACGCACCAACAAAACGAUACAACACAAGAUUCAAUUUACAUUUCAAAACAAAACAAAUAAAAGUAAAGUAAAGAAUAAAGUUGUGGAUAAACUCCUGUACUACAUACAUUCAGCAUGGCAGAUUGUGGAA